CCCGGAGCCUGGGCGGAGAGGGAGGAAAACUUCCUGGCCAGGGCUCCGUGCCGCUGUUUGCCAGCCGUCCAAUCCCGCCUACCAGUGCCAGGAGCUCCCCACCCCACCCCCGGCUCCCCCGGUGUCCGCCAUGGCCAAAGCCUACGACCACCUCUUCAAGUUGCUGCUGAUCGGGGACUCGGGGGUGGGCAAGACUUGUCUGAUCAUUCGCUUUGCAGAGGACAACUUCAACAACACUUACAUCUCCACCAUCGGUGAGCCCGCUGGCCAUGUCCCAGACCCCGACUCUCCUGUGACCUCAGUCUCAGGCUCCCGGUUUACUAGUGACCCCACUCUUCAGUUCCCUUACAGAAUUGACUUCAAGAUCCGCACUGUGGAUAUAGAGGGGAAGAAGAUCAAACUGCAAGUCUGGGACACGGCUGGCCAAGAGCGAUUCAAGACAAUAACUACUGCCUACUACCGUGGAGCCAUGGGCAUUAUCCUAGUAUACGACAUCACGGAUGAGAAAUCUUUCGAGAAUAUUCAGAACUGGAUGAAAAGCAUCAAGGAGAAUGCUUCUGCUGGGGUGGAGCGCCUCUUGCUAGGAAACAAAUGUGACAUGGAGGCCAAGAGGAAGGUGCAGAAGGAGCAGGCCAAUAAGUUGGCUCGAGAGCAUGGGAUCCGAUUUUUCGAAACUAGUGCUAAAUCCAGUAUGAAUGUGGAUGAGGCUUUUAGUUCCCUGGCCCGGGACAUCUUGCUCAAGUCAGGAGGCCGGAGAUCAGGAAACGGCAACAAGCCUCCCAGUACUGACCUGAAAACUUGCGACAAGAAGAACACCAAGUGCUCCCUGGGCUGAGGACCCUUUCUCGCCUCCCCACCCCGGAAGCUGACCUGAGGGAACAGGGCAGAGGGAGUGAGCAGGGGAGAAACAGCAGAGGGGCUUGCAGGGACAGACAGGUAGAUGGUAAAGAGAAUGAGAAGAAAAUGGAGAAAAGGGACAAGCAGAAAAGAAAGAAGAGAGAGGUAGGGAGAAGGGAGGGGAGAAAUUGAGGAAGUGAAAGGAGGUGAGGAGGCAGGGAGAGAGAGAGGAGGAACGGAAGGGGAGAUGGCCUCAGGCUUCAGACCUUCCCUGGGUUUUCAGAGCAAACAUAAAUGCAAAUACACUGAUUAUUCUGUUACUACAUCAGGGUUUAGCGUCCUGCGAACGGCUGGCUCGGCACUACUCUGAAGAUUUGUUCCUGUUCUGUCACUUUUCAUGGUCUUUCUUGGUAUUAAAGGCCACCGUUUGCACAAAU